GGAACACGCGCCGACAUGAAAUCGUGCCUACUUGAACAAUUCCAUCAAACAAACUACGAUUUUCAUCUUGGCUAGGCUUCACGCGACUUGAACGACCUCGAUAUUAGAUGUGCUGCUGAUAAAUCAGUAACUUGACGGGCAGAACCGACCCUCCGGGGUCAAUCCUGGUCCUCCCUCAUAUUUCCCACUCCUCCCCUCAGAUGCUUAGAGAAUAGACGGAUCAGCAGCUCCUCACCAUGUUGUUCUAUAUCGAUGACCUGCCGGUCAUCUUUCCGUAUCCUCGGAUAUACCCAGAGCAAUAUGCGUGAGCCUCGAAACUUUCUAUAUGUGUGACCUGAAAAAGACACUCGAUGUCGGCGGCAACUGCGUUCUCGAGAUGCCUUCGGGCACUGGCAAAACUGCCACACUGCUAUCGCUCAUUGUAGCAUACCAGCAGCACUACCCAGAGCAUCGGAAGCUCAUCUAUUGUUCUCGUACCAUGUCCGAGAUUGAGAAGGCACUGGCGGAGCUGAAGAACCUGAUGAAGUAUCGAGCUGGCGAACUUGGCAGGGAAGAAGACUUCAGAGGUUUAGGCUUAACAAGUCGUAAAAAUCUCUGCCUGCAUCCUUCGGUUAAACGGGAAAAGAGUGGCGCCGUCGUCGACGCCAGGUGUCGUGGCCUUACCGCAGGCUUUGUCAAGGAGAAAAAGGAAAAGGGCGAAGAUGUCGAGGUCUGCGUUUAUCAUGACAAUCUCGAUCUCCUGGAACCUCAUAACCUCAUCCCAAAUGGCGUUUGGACCUUGGAAGGCCUGUUGCGGUAUGGUGAGGAACAUAAGCAGUGUCCGUACUUUACAUCACGGCGAAUGAUGCAAUACUGCAACGUCAUAAUAUACUCUUACCAUUACCUGUUGGAUCCCAAGAUCGCUGAGAGGGUAUCAAAAGAGCUUUCAAGAGACUCGAUAAUAGUCUUCGACGAAGCGCACAACAUUGACAACGUGUGCAUUGAGUCACUCAGCACAGACAUCACGGAGGAUUCGCUGAGAAAAGCGAGCAGAGGUGCUAUGAACCUGGAGAAGAGAAUCAACGAAAUGCGCGAAACCGACCAGAACCAGCUGGAGGAUGAGUACCGGAAGUUGGUAGAGGGCUUGCGAGAGGCAGAUGAAGCGCGGCAAGAAGAUGCCUUCAUGUCCAAUCCGGUUCUGCCUGAUGAUCUGCUCAAGGAGGCGGUCCCCGGAAAUAUCCGGCGAGCAGAGCACUUUGUGGCGUUCUUGAAGAGGUUUAUUGAAUAUCUCAAGACUCGCAUGAAAGUACUUGAGGUCAUAUCCGAGACACCGCCUUCUUUCCUGGCCCAUCUGAAAGAGUACACAUUCAUCGAGAAGAAACCUCUUAGGUUCUGCGCUGAGCGUCUCACGUCACUGGUGCGGACGUUGGAGCUCACCAAUAUCGAAGAUUUUCAGCCUCUCCAGGAGGUAGCCACAUUCGCCACUCUUGUAGCAACCUACGACAAAGGUUUCCUUCUGUUACUGGAGCCAUACGAGAGCGAAAAGUCACAGAUCCCAAAUCCAGUCCUCCACUUUACGUGCUUGGAUGCAGCAAUCGCCAUCAAACCCGUCUUUGAGCGCUUUAAGACUGUCAUCAUCACGUCCGGAACCUUGUCGCCUCUUGAGAUGUAUCCAAAAAUGCUUGGGUUCGACGCUGUUGUACAAGAGUCAUAUACCAUGACUCUUGCUCGGCGCUCUUUUCUGCCGAUGAUAGUUACAAAAGGAAGCGACCAGGCCUCUAUCUCAAGUAGCUUCGCUGUGAGAAAUGAUCCGGCUGUAGUGCGAAACUAUGGGCAGCUAUUGACCGAGUUUGCCAAGAUCACGCCAGAUGGAAUGGUUGUCUUUUUUCCGUCGUAUUUCUACAUGGAGUCGAUCAUCAGCAUGUGGCAGGGCAUGAAGAUCCUCGACGAGAUCUGGAAGUACAAACUCAUCCUGGUUGAGACCCCUGAUGCACAGGAGACGGCUGUAGCUCUCGAAACGUACCGGACAGCCUGCUGCAACGGCACCGGUGCCAUCAUGCUCUGUGUCGCUCGAGGCAAAGUCUCGGAGGGUAUCGACUUUGACCACCAGUACGGCCGCACGGUGUUGUGCAUUGGAGUCCCAUUCCAGUACACAGAAUCCCUGAUCCUCAAGGCGCGCCUCGAGUUCCUACGCGAGACGUACCGCAUCCGCGAAAACGACUUCCUCUCCUUCGAUGCCAUGCGUCACGCGGCCCAGUGUCUAGGUCGUGUGCUGCGUGGCAAGGAUGACUACGGUAUCAUGGUGCUCGCUGACCGUCGAUUCCCCAAGAAGCGACCUCAGCUGCCCAAGUGGAUCAAUCAAGCCCUGGCAGAGAGCGACGUCAACAUGAGCACCGACAUGGCUGUCAGCGCCGCCCGCAAGUUCUUAAAGUCCAUGGCGCAGCCUUUCCGACCCGAGGACCAGGACGGAGUGAGUCGAUGGACUAUUGAGGAUCUGAAGAAGCAUCAGGCAAAGGUUGAGAACGACAUGAUCCGAGAGUUGCAGGCGGCGCAAGGGAAGGCCGCCAACGGACAGGCCGUUACCGUCAGGGUGGUCGAUGAGGACGAAGACUACGAAAUGGAUGAUGCGGCAGAAAAGGAUAUGAUGCAGUUGGAUGCUUAA